AUGGCUGAUUUUGGAGAAAUAUUUCAAAAUAUUGGGGAGUUUGGACUAUUUCAGAAGACCAUCAUGUUUGCUCUUUGCUUCCCGAACCUUAUUUUGUCUUUUCACUUUGCCAGUGUAUAUUUCGUCCAGUCCGAUCCAGAGCGCCACUGUAACACAGACUGGAUCAUCGGCGCUGCUCCCAAUCUGACCACAGAGGAGCAGCUGAACCUGACUCUGCCCCGGGAGGAGGAUGGGACCUUCAGCAGGUGUCGGAUGUUUGUUCCUGUGGACUGGGACAUCGGUUCCAUCAGGGAGAACGGUCUCAAUGACACCACAGGGUGCAGGAAUGGAUGGGAGUACGGCAACAUGCUGUAUGAGGCCACCAUUGUUACAGAUUUUGAUCUAGUUUGUGACCAGGCGUAUCUUUUGGGAUUAGCACAAACCGUACUGAUGGCUGGAAUCCUGAUCGGAUGUCUCUUGCUUGGACCUUUUGCUGAAUCGUUUGGUCGUAAGCGUGCAGUGCAGAUACCCAUGGUUUUGAUGGUCAUUUUUACUGCAACAACUGGAUUAUGUCCCAACAUUUAUUUAUACUUGGUGUCCCUGUUCAUUCUGGGCAUUGGCUAUGGAGGCUAUCGACUCAAUUGUGUUAUUCUAGUCACUGAAUGGACCGGAGUGUCCAAAAGAUCAUGGGGAGCCUGUUUGACUCAGCUGUUUGGGGCUCUUGGACACUGUGUUCUUGCUGUGUUGAUCUACUUUAUCAGAGACUGGAGGACGGCUCAGAUGAUCACAUGUGGCCCUCUUGCUGUGGUCGCCAUUUACAUCUGGUUUAUUCCAGAGUCAGCCAGGUGGUUGUUGAACAGAGGACGACUAGAAGAGGCUAAACAGCUGAUAUCUAAAGUGGCAGCCAUCAACAAACAAACUCUUCCAGACUCCCUUCUGGAAAAGAUUGUUGUGCAAGAAACUGAAAAAAGGAAAGGCAUAGUAGUUCUUAUCCAAUCAACUGUGCUUAGGAAGUAUUUCCUUACCUUAAUUUUGGCAUGGUUCUCCCUGAAUGUUUCUUAUUUCUGCCUUUCGCUGAAUGUGGGAAACUUUGGCUUAAGUAUAUUCUUGACGCAGGCCAUAUUUGGCCUGUCUGAACUACCGGCUCAUCUUCUGUGCAUGUGGCUUUUAGAAGCAGUGGGAAGAAAACUGUCACUAGUGUCCACACUUCUGAUCGGUGGAUUCUUGUGCCUCUCAGUUUUAGCAGCUCCUCAAGAUAAUGCCAUUGCUGUCACAGCAUUAGCUACUGGAGGACGUUUUUUUGUCAACUGGGCAGGAUCCAUUUGCAAUGUUUAUGUUCAGGAGCUUUUUCCAACAUCUUUUAGGCAAACAGCCUCUGGUUUGGGCUCCAUUGCGAGCCGAGCUGGGGGGUUGCUUUCCCCUCUCCUCAACAUGCUGGCUGUGUAUAACUGGACCAUACCUGUCGUAGUUUACAGCAGCCUCACUUUAAUCAGCGGAGCUCUCAGCUUUCUGCUCCCUGAGACCAGAAGAACUGAGCUGCCAGAUUCAACUGCUGAAGCUGAAGGACUCAAAAAACCCAUUCUGAAUAUUCAACUUGAAUCAAACAAAUCAUCACAAAACAUCGUACCAACUCCGUUGUAGGUUGUACAUUUUAGUUUUCAUUGUUUUGGUGCACUAAAUGGAUGAUUUCAGCAGAACUUGGUGCAAUCAAUGUUAACCUUUGGAUAGAUGUUUUUCUGUCAUCAUUAUGCUGACAAAAUGUCUUUGUGUUUUUUAAAU